CCCUUGUGUCUCUCCCUAAAUUCUCAAUUCUUACUCUACACUCUGCUCUACCUACGUCUCAGGAUGGCACAAACCCUAGCACGGACCGCCACCUCCGCCAUCACGCGUCACCCUUUUCUCUCCUCCCUCCUUCCUAAACGCCUUCUCUCCACCACCAGCAUCACCCGCCCUCCUCCAGUUCCCUCUUUAUUACUCUCACGUCAACCUCUCGGGUCCCUCUCUCGCGCCACCCGAUCCCUACCUCUCGGUCUCUCCGUCGCCGCCACUCGUUUCACUCCCAUCCGAUGCCGUGUCAACCGCUCUGGGAACUCCGCGUACUCACCAUUGAACUCUGGGUCGAACUUCAGCGACCGUCCCCCUACCGAAAUGGCCCCUCUUUUCCCCGGAUGUGAUUACCAACAUUGGCUCAUUGUGAUGGAUAAGCCUGGUGGAGAGGGAGCCACCAAGCAGCAGAUGAUAGAUUGCUAUAUUCAAACGCUGGCCAAAGUGCUCGGCAGUGAGGAGGAAGCCAAGAAGAAGAUCUACAAUGUGUCAUGUGAGAGGUAUUUUGGAUUUGGGUGUGAAAUUGAUGAGGAGACCUCCAAUAAGCUUGAAGGUUUGCCUGGAGUUCUAUUUGUGCUUCCUGAUUCUUAUGUUGACCCUGAAUACAAGGACUAUGGAGGUUACCCUUUUAGUGCCCAUUUUUAUUAAUCUCAAUCUCAAGUUAAAUUAAUAUAGGAUUACAUAUUUUAUCCUUCCUGAGUUUGUUGCUGUGGUUCAUGAAAGAUGAGUUAUGCCCUUUCCUAUUGUAUGUUGGAUGUUUCCCAGUCAUAUACUUUCCCCAUUUUUUAUUCCUAAUGGUUAUUUUGCUAAUUUCAUCUUGGCAAAGCUAAAAAACCUUAUAGGCAAUG